AUGCCUUGGCACCUUCCCCGCCAAACACAUCACUUGGAUCAAACAGGAGUGAGCACAGACACUGACAGAUCAAAGGAGCAAAUGGAACAACAAGACGAGCACGACGCCCACAAGAACUUCGCCUCCAGGUACCUAUGCCAUCCCAAUCCCGCCAUCGCGAUCCUGACAUGGAUCAUCACCAUUCUCCUCGUCCUCGGCUUGCUCUUCGCGUGCCUGCUGCUCGUCACUUACAUCGCCUUCCACCCCAAAUCGCCCAAGGUCCACAUCCGCGACAUCGCCGUCCGGCACCUCGGGGCCGUCAUAGCCUCGCCCACCACCUUCUUCUCCACGGCGCUCCUCAAGGCGGACCUGGGCUUGAUCCUCGACGUGGCCAAUCCAAACACGCGCCUCAAGAUCCUCUUCGAUGACAUCCACCUCAACGUCUUCUUCGACGACAUCCGGGUGGGCGAGGCGGUGCUCGCGGGGUUCUCGCAGGCCAAGCGCUCAGCCCUGGCGAGCGUGGAGAAGGACGUGGAGUCGGACGGCGUGGUGCUGCCGCGGGCGGUGGCCUCCAGCUUGCUGAGGGCGCUGGCGCAGCAGAGGAUCUCCUUCCGGGUGGUGAUUCGAGUGAAGAUCCGGUUCCAGAUCGGGAAGCUCAAGACGCCCAGGCUGAAGUUUGUGGAGAGGUGCGAUUUGGAUGUGAGGCCCCUGGCCACCUUCACCAGGGAGAGCGUGCUUAGAAAGAACUUCGCGACGAGAGGACCGAUCGAAGCGGAUGAUUCUGAGCUACGCGACGAGCGAUUUCAAGCCUCAAUUUGCUUGUUCUUUUUCUUGGUUUUGUUGGACGGGCAGGCAGGCAGGAUCGAUUGCUGGAAACCUGUCACACUUGUGGAGGAGGAGAUUCCAGUGGCCAGGUGCUGUGCGUUUUCGAGUGAAGAGAAGUCGGCUCUUUUAAACCAGCUGCAAUAA